ACUGUCUGGAAACGCAGCGUCAGUUUACAUCUGAACUACGGUAAGAACAACAAACCUUUAGACUGCAAGAGACUGGAAUCAUUACAGAAUAAAUGUCUUGUACAGCAGGUCAACGAUGACUGACCUUGAGACCUCGAUAGCCACCAUUAUCAACGUUUUCCAGAAAUACUCAGAGAGAGAAGGAGACAAGCACAAACUGAAGAAGAGCGAGCUGAAGGAUCUCCUUCACGACGAGCUGCCAGACCUGAUGGCGCACGUCAAAGACCAGUCCACGCUGGACGGCCUGAUGGAGAGUCUGGACGCCGACGGCGACUCUGAGUGCAACUUCCAGGAGUUCAUGACAUUCGUCUCCGUGGUUACCGCCUGUUGCCACGAGUUCUUCGAGCACGAGGAAGAGUGAGGAGGGCGAGACGAAGAGGAGCGGCAGCGAAAUAUAAAGAAAUAGAAACCUAGCAACGCGCAAACUGAGAGGCAACGCAUUUAGCUUCUAGUACAAGUAGCAACAAAUAAAAUGGAGUAGAUAAAACUUUACAGCAAUAACAGCAUUUUUCUUUUUAGUAGUUUUAAUCAUUAAUGUUUAAAAGCAACUUCACCACAUUCAGAAGAAAAAAGUAAAAAUAUUUUGGAAAUGUUUCCAAAUUUGACCAAUAUUUGUCAACCAAAACUUGAGUUUUUUUUCUAGUUUUCAACAUAUAAUAAAGCUACUUUUAUAACUUUGCUUCUUUUCAGCUGUUAGAAGAGAUUCAUUAAAUAUAGACUCAUAAUUUCGCUAACUGCUAGUUUGGAAAUGCCAGGAUGUUAACAUACACAGCUAUCAAGGCUAAAUGAAAAUAUUUGCUGUUUCAGUUUCCUCAUGAGGGUUAUUCUUCUGAAAAAUGUAGUAAAGCCAGAUCAUUUGUUCCAGCUGUGUUUUGUUCCCAUAAAAAUCAAUUAAAAAAGAGACAAUUUCAUUUUUUAAGUGGCUUGAUGUAAUUGAAUGGUUUAAGGAUUUACUUAAAUUGGAAUAUAUUGUAAACUGAAUAAAUCCGUUCAGUUCAAUGAUAUGAACUUGGACCAAAGGGAGGAUUAUUAAAGUAUCUUAAUGAUAUUCUAUGGAGAGCUGUUUCAUUCAUAAUCAAAUAACUAAAUAUUAGCUCACAUGUUACAGCCUCAUACUAUAAAAAUAAUAGUCCAUGAAUUACAUGAAGUAGCUUUACAAAAUAAGUUCCACAAAAUAAGACCAUGAAAUGAAUAAAUAAAUAAAUAAGCAGGGAAAUACUUAAUCAAAUAAAUUCUGAAAUAAAUAAAUAAAACUGUGACUGACAAAAGAAGCUCCCAAUGGAAAAUAAUGUAUUUAUUUUGUUUUUAUUUCAUGAGGACAUUUAUUUAUCAUAAAUAAACUCACCAUGUAGGGAUCAGGAGCUCCCCCUGCUGGACACCUUGAGAUUACGUGAUAUUCUGAAAAAUUUAAAAACAGAAAGAAUCUAAAUGUGGUAAUUAAAGGGGAAUUCUGAGUAAGAGCAUAAAUACUCAAAUGUUUUCACCUCUUUGUAAAAGUAAACCACAAGAACAAUUCAAAACAGAUGAAAAAGUCAAACUAAAACCCCAAAUUAUACUAAUAUUUACCAGAGUUGGGUAGGAAGUAGUUAUAUUUACCUUUACUUGGGCAACUUUUUUUUUUUUUUCCCCACCUUUUUGUGGGCUCUAGUGUCCCUUUUUUCAUAGUAGGCUGACAGGAAAGGGGAAGGGAGAGGGGGGAAGACAUGCGGCAAAUGUCGUCGGGUUCGGCAAUCGAACCCGUGACAGCCGUGUUGAGGACUGAAGGCCUCCAAGCGUGGGGCGCGCUAACCUCUACACCACCGGAGCACGCCCCACUUGGGCAACUUUUAAAAAAAAUCAUUUAGGAGUAUUUUUACCUUGCUGUAAUUCUAACUUUUACAUGAGUCAAUUUAUUAUGAAGUAUUUCUUUUCUUACUUGAAUAAAAUUUCUGGAUUUUCUACCUACUGAAUGACAAACAAACAUGUUUUACACCAGACACACACACACACACACACACACACACACACACACACACAUACAGGUGCAGUUUUUCUAAAAGUUUUAAAUUGAAAAAAAAUAUAAUUUGGAAUAAUUUUCUUCUGACUGAUUCUGUUAUUUCUGUUACUUCUAUGAAUUAUUGUCAUGUUGGUCCAUAAAAUACCAACAUUUCUAACUAACCUUAUAUUUUGGCUCAUCUAAUGAUGUAAUUUUAAAAUAUUAAAUGAUUGAUAAUUUGAUCAGUUACUCAGUACCUGAGCAGACAUUUUACCAAAUACCUUCUUACACUUGAAUAAUUUCUUGCAUUGCUACGUUUUACUUUUACUUGAGUAAAAAUAUGUUGAAGUUGUGCUGAGACGUUUCUUUGGUAUCUACAUUUAGUUCAACAAGAGAUCAAAAGUUGCUUUAUUCCAAGUUUAUUCUCUUUCUUGCAGUUUGACUUUAGGAAAAUCUGAUGCAGAAAAAUGAAAUGAAAUACCUUUUCUCCUGGGAAUGUUUUAAAAGAUUCAACAUUUGACUUUAUCAAAGGGAGGAUUGACUUCAUUGCUGCAGAUUAAUAAACAAGGAUGAUGCAAGAAAGCUGUGAGCUGCAGAGUUGGACAUCUGCAGGCUGUGGAGCAUCACAGAGGUGGAGUCAGAGAGGCGAUUGGUUGGAUCUGGACCCGGGGGAGCAACACCACACCCAGCUGAGUCCAAAACAUUUAUUUAUCCUUCUCUGUUUCACCUUAUUGGAUCAUAAACUGCUGCAACCUGAUCAAUGGUCAAGAUGAGCUCUUACUCGACUCCCUCUCCUCUGACUGAAGCAUCAACUGAUGCUUAUUCAACUGUUUCAGAUCUCGUGACCAAGAUCGGAAAAAAAGAUAUCUACAGCAGCACAGAGGAUUUAGCAGCCUUAAUCGGAGGCAUCAUCACUGUGGUGCUGCUGGUCUUCCUCUGCACCAUCGCCGUCUUGCUGUGGUGUCUGUCCAGACAAAAAGGCUCGUAUGUCACCAACGAGACGGAGGAUGAUGACGAGGAAGACAAUGAAGACGAUGAGUCUGUCGGCUCUGAUGUGGCGCUUCAGUCCAAAGAACCUCUAAAGAUGGACAAAGAGGACUGAAGAGGGACAAUGUAACUUAAGGACUGCUGAGAUUAAUUUUUUAUAAUAAAAGCAGAAAGAUAAGAACAUAUUUUAGCAUUUUUAUAAAAAUACACAGCUUAUUUUGUAAGCCAGUAAUUGUGCAUCAAUCCCUAUGAAACCCCAAUGAGACGUAACUGAUUGUAUGUAAUUUCCUUCAGCUGUUCAGUUGUAAUUUGUUGAAAUUUUAUUGCUUCUUAUGUGUUCAAACUCAAUAAGUUCACUUAGAGUAAGUCUUGGAUUUGAAUGGGUUAGUUUGAGACAUAUUUGACUAUCCAGCAAAGCAACUUGAAGGAUUUUUUUUUUUUUUUUUUUUUUUUUUUUUUUUUUACAGGAACAGCAAAGAUUAUAAAUUGUGUAUAGAUGCCAGUUAGAACUUAGAAAAAGUAAAAUUGGGAUAUGACUUCCUGCUCAUUUUAAUAUUGUAGUGCUUUCUCCACACUGUUUUCUUGAUUUAAAAGAAAAUUUAUAAAAA